GCUGUGGAGGAGAAUAGGGCACCACUAAACCCCAACAAGCACGUGUAUGGGGCACAUAAGGGGACGAGCAGGUUGUUGAAGGCUGCUCUGAGGAAGGUCACUUUAGGUGAGACUGGAAUGGUGACCAGUUUGGAGGACGACAGAGAACAGGAACAUCCAGGGGCUUGUGAGAAGGCCUGAGGCUGGGAAAGCUCCCUGAACUGGAGGAAUGCUGCCAGGCCAGGAGGGAGCACUGGGAGCAGUGGAAUGAGCUCUGAGGAAAUGGAGGAUUGCUGCAGGGGCUCUUUGCUUUCCCAUCUCCCCUCCCUGCUUCUCCUCUUCCAGCUGCCUGCUGGGGGCUCUGCAGAGGAGUUUAUGGUGAUUGGCCCCUCCGAACCCAUUGUGGCAGUGCUGGGUGCGGACAUCACGCUGCCAUGUCUUGUGUCCCCAGCCAUGGAUGUGGAGAAUAUGGAGCUGCGGUGGUUCCGCUCCAAGUUCUCCGAAGCAGUGUUUAUCUAUCAAAACCAGCGGGAGCAGAGAGAAGAGCAGUUGGCUCAGUACAGAGGGCGAACCUCACUGGUGAAGGAUUUCCUCACCCAGGGGGAGGCUGCUGUGCGCAUCCACAAUGUCCAGGCUUUUGACAAUGGGCUGUAUACCUGCUUCUUCCGAAUGGGAAUCUUCUAUGAAGAGGCCGUUUUGGAACUGAAGGUGGCAGGUGUGGGCUCUGCCCCUCAAGUGCACAUCACAGGGCCAGAGGAGGACGGGGUCCGAGUUGUAUGCAUGGCCUUGGGGUGGUUCCCAAAGCCCCAAGUGCAGUGGAGAGCUCUAGGUGGAGAGAAGUUCCUGACGUUCUCUGAGACCCAAGCCCAAGAUGAUGAAGGGCUGUUCACCAUAGAGGCCACUCUUGUGGUGAGGGACAGCUCUUCAGGGAAUGUGACCUGCUCAGUCCUCAACCCCAUCCUAGGCCAGGAGAAGGCAAUGACCAUGUUCAUCCCAGAACCCUUCUUCCCUCGGAGUUCUCCCUGGAAGCCAGCUUUCAUGAUGAUCCUGACUGUGCUGAUGCUCCUACACCUUGGGGCUGUCUUCUACAUCAUGAGAGAACAUACUGCAAAGCUCCAGGAGAUGCAGGAAUGGGAGAAACUGCACAGAGACACGGAGCAGGACCAGCAGAUAAAGGAGGAGGCACUGAAGGCCAGAGAUGAACUCCAAGCAGAUCUUGACUGGAGGAAAUCUGUUUACCUGGCUGCCCUGAAGAAGGCAAAACUGUAUGCAGAUUGGCGGAAGGAGAAGUUCCAGGCCUUGACUGUCCGUCUGGAUCCAGAGUCUGCCCACUCCAGGCUUGCUGUCUCUGAUGACAAGACUAGUGUGACCUUCAAGGACUCACUCAAGUACUCAGAUGAUGGAGUCUAUAGUGUCUUGGGUCAUGAAGGCAUCACAUCAGGGUGCUGUUACUGGGAGGUGGAGAUCAGGAAUGCACAUAGAAGUGAGUGGGCCCUGGGUGUCUGUAGGAGAGAUGUGGAGAGGAAAGGUUGGUACCAGGAAUACCCAGAAAAGGGAUUCUGGAUUGUGGAGACGUAUGAAAAGGGAUUCUAUUCCCUCCCUGCUAAUGGAGAACAUGCUGUGCCAAUUCCCCAGAGGGUAGGGGUUUUCCUGGACCUGAAGGAAGGGGAUGUCUCAUUCUACAACAUGACUGAUGGUUCCCACCUUUUCUCCUUCUCUCUCACUUCCUCCUCUGGGACUCUGUUUCCAUACUUCAGGUUGAGGUCAGGGAAUGUGUCCCUGACCAUCUGCUCUGGGGUGGGUGGACCUGUGCAGACUCCAGUACCCCUUAACAGCUCUCCUUGUUCUUCAGCGGAGACUGUGAGCCUCUCAGGGCAGGCGUUCAGUUCAGGCUGUGGUGUUGUUGGUGAUCUAGCAGGGGCUGAAUCUCCAUUACUCCCCUGUGGUCCUGACGCUAUGUUCCCGUAAUGCUCCAACCCUGUCCCAGAUUCCUCAUGGUGGCUCCUCAUGGAGCUGCGGAUUCCCAUGGGUAAUAGCUUCUGAAGUUAGUCCUGAAUGACGGGGUGUCUUGCCCUUCUUUUCUGGGUAUAGACUGCUGUGGUGAGGUUAUGAGAAUAGUCGGUUCAUGCCUUAUGUUCAGGUAUUAGAAGAUAAAUGUUGACUUUUUCAGCUGUAAUGGAGUUGGCUGAAUUUUGCUAUUGGAAGUCUUGUUUCUUUUGAUCAUGAGCAUUAUUUCAUGGAGUCUUUGUAUUGUUUUGAUAUGAAAUGAGAUGAGGUCUGAAUUAUUCUGAAGAAUUAAAUGGUGUUUAUUUUAUAUAGUGUGAGCUGUGCAGAUGAAUCCAGAGACUAUGGGUGGGUUACCAGCUCUAUUUAGGAAAUGUGCACUCUGACUAAAAAACAUUGUCCAUUUGAACAUUUCUGAAGAAAUGUAUGGCUAAUGGACUUGAAGAAGAGUAGAGUGUAGUGUUCUAUUGUACAGGCUUCCUAUUCUGGAAUGGAUGAGACAUACUUAUCUUAACGAACCUUAGUAAAUAUUUGUGUGUUGGUUUUUGUUUUUGUUUUUUGUUUUCUUUUUUUUAAAUACUGGUGCUGCAUUAAUUCAGGGAAUGGAAAACUGAGAGUUUGGGUUUCCUUGUGAGUCAACAGCAGUUGGAAAGAACAGAACUGCUACCAGAAUAAAGAGGUAAAUGAAGAUGAGUGUUUUCAGACCCUGGGUGAAUUGCAGAAAGCUUUGACCAUGAGCACAGUUCCAGGAUCUAUGUACAGCUUCUCAGUACUUCCAGUCCAAUUGUAAAGGUGGAUGGAACCCACAGGAAACAGAAGGAAGCCAGACUGUUGAGGACUCAGACCUUGAGGAAUAAAUGUUUGUUGGCUCCUGAAGUAGAGAACACCGACCUACUGUGGUUCUGGGAGAGAUGAGAAGACACGGAAUUGGAAGUGGAAGAAGGAGGUCACAGAUCUCAGUUCCUGCCUGUGACCAAAAAUAGGAAAAGGACUGGAGUCCCUUUGCAUAUUUUUCUAUCUUGUUAUGUAGAUGUGUCCUUUGUAUUAAUUAUCUAUUUUCCUUCUCCCUUCUUACCAGUGCGAUUUUAUGCAAGUUGUCCAUGGUAAUAUUUCAAAUGUAAUCUCUAGGUAACAGAAUAGUCAAAUGAGUGUGCCUGGACUUAAGGAAUAAACAUAACUGAUUCAAUGCCUGAGACUGCCUGUUUGUUCCAUUUUGGGGAAACAGUGAGAACUUUUUGACUUUUAAGUGUAGCUCUGUAGAUGGGUGAAAAUGUGGAGUUGUUGUGUUGUUAUAUGCUAUUCCAAUGUGAGUAAAUGGUUUAUGUGGAAGUUGAGGAACUAAAAGUGUGAAAUCUGCCCCUUUUUAAUUCAUUGUCUUUUGAUUCAAAUCAACCCUGUAUGUGCCCUAAUUGUUGAUACUGCAGGUCAUAAAUGUUUCAUUUUUGUCAUGUGGCACAUUUGGCACCACCUUUGUCAGUUAGUGCACUGUUGGGUUUGGCCAGCAAAUCCUGAGAUGGCAAAUGAAAAGAUUACUCCAGACACCUUCAUAGGAGAAAGGAGAGGCCUGGGGACCAGACACUCUAGCGGCAAAAGGCCUCCAGCCAAGCUUUGCUUCCAGUUUCAUUGGGGUCAUAUCAAUACAGCACGUGCAAGCACAAUGCAAGGUGGAAAGUGCAACCUUAAUGGUCAGGACAGUAAUAUAUGGGACAGUGUGUGGUAAA